GCAAGAAAGCCGAAGACGAGAAGCGAGAAUCCUCAGUCGCGCGCGGUCGUCACGGCUGAAUAAGACCAGUCUUCUGUCAUAUCGCGGAAAGUCGGGAACCCGAGUACGCACGUCCGACCGGUAAUGGCAUUCGCUGGCAAUAGCCAACGAACACCGGCAGAAAAAUCCCAGCCACGGUUCUCUCGAUGCGAAGCUUCGAGGACUCUCACGAGGACUUCAACGAACGCAAACUGCACUGUCAACCAAUUUUCCCGGUGAGGUUUGAAAAUAAGCCGGGGAUUGCGGGGGGACAAUCGAGGCACCCGAGACUCUAGAGGCCUCAGAGCGACGGCUUUGUUAGUCACCAUAUGAACUGCUAAAGAAUUAACAACGGACUACCCUACUUCCCAAGAAUGACGUCCAACGAGAAGACUUAUCUCCUUGGCCGCGGAGCUGCUCUCCACGAUGUCGUUGUUUUGAGCCAGACGAACAAGAUCGACUACGAACGAGGUUUCCCGUUGGAGGGGACUCGUACUCUCAGCAAGCGUAGGAACGGCAGCGCGCGCUUAGUCCCCGGUUACAUAAGGUCGUCUGUACGCUCCAUCCUCGAGGUCAUCGCGAUGGAGAGUGGGAGGGUCGACUUAGAUAGCGGGGAGGUGAACCCCACGAAGGAGGCCCAGCUAGUUGCUACCUACAAGCCGUUGCCGGACGACGACUUUAACUGGCAAGCUAACAAGGAAAAGAACGACAAAAUGAGCAAACACGCCCCGGACAACGACAAUGAUGACGGGAUCCAGGAGAAAAUGCUUAAAGACGAGAAUAAGGUCGGCUCGCUCAAAGAUGUUACCGAGGUGAAGUUCAUCUCAGAAAAUGGAGAUGCAAAGAUUGACAUAGAAACGGUUAAACAAAUAAUGUCCGGAUUAAGCAAAGAAGAGCUUAUGAAAUAUGCCAAUGAUCCGUUCUGGGUGCGCUUAAGAUGGUUUCUGUUCAUUGGAUUUUGGCUGUUGUGGGUUGCUAUGUUAGCUGGAGCCAUAGCCAUUAUUGUUAUGGCACCAAAAUGUACCGCGCCGCAACCAAAAAAAUUAUUUGAAGAAAGUCCCAUAGUUCGCUUAGAACCAGCAGACACGCCAAGUAAAUCUAUUAAGGGAUUAGAAAAUUUGCUUGAUGAUUUGAACAAGCAGCAUACCAAGGUGAUUUCACUGUACUCCGUCGUAAAGUCUACGGUACCUGGGCACACUGAGGAUUUCAAAGAUGUACAGCCACAAGUAGGUCGUAUAAACGAUUUGCUGGAAUUUGUAAAAGCUGCAGGAGAACGAGGAAGUCAAGUCGUUUUAGAACUUGAUCCCAAUCACUCUUCUGAGAAGCACUCAUGGUUUGAGCGAUCUGUGAAGAAAGAAGAUCCAUUCACAGACUACUAUGUUUGGGCUGAUGGCAAGACUGGCCCUGAUGGCAUUAAAAAUCCUCCAAAUAAUUGGCUAAGUGUACACGGUGGCUCUGCAUGGGAAUGGAACCCAGAAAGGAAACAAUAUUACCUUCAUCAAUUCAAUAAAACACAACCUGAUUUGAAUUACAACAAUCCAUUAGUAGUUGAAGAAUUCAGUGACAUUUUAAGACAUUGGCUGCAACUUGGAAUUACCGGCUUUAGACUCGGCGGUACACAGUUUUUGACAGAAGAUCCAACUUUAGCAGAUGAAUCAUCAGGUACUGAACAUGCAGUUGCCGAUGACUACGAAUCUCUGACACACGUGCACACAAGAAAUCGUCUUGAAAAUGGAGAUGUUUUGCGGAAAUGGCGAGAAGUAGUUUCAAAUUUCACAAACGGAGAAGGAUUGUUCGCUCUUCGAGAUGAUAUUGGAGCAGAUAAUUUGAAAGUAUUCAAUGAAAAAGAGACGUUAAUUGAUCUUCCUCAGAGUUCUCAGUUCCUUAUUAAUGCUAAUCAAGCAAUUUCUGCUGAAACACUCAAAAAGGGAUUCUCCCAAUGGCUUGCAAGUGCCCGUUGGCCAGGUUGGGAUCUAAACGGUGAACGUAGAGCUUUGAGGAAACGAGUGCCUAACGACAUAGCAGACAGUUUAACUCUGAUGAGUCUCCUCUUGCCAGGAACUCCUAUUGUGCAGUUGAAUGAUACUCGUUCCGCAAGUGAGGCGUUUGCCACACUCUCCAAAGCUCGCAGUGGGUCGACGUUCUUGUAUGGAGACGUUAAUACAUACGUCAUCAAUGGAACCGUGUUUGUCUAUACCAGGGAUUGGUUGAAAAGCGGUAAUCCUGGAUUUCUGGUAGCAUAUCAGAGUGCUGAAACACUUGCCACAAUAGAUGUGUCAGGACUACCAAAAGUGCCUGAAGAAGUCACCAUCUUUGCACACAGUCCUAAUUAUGUUCAAAAAGACAAUGAUAUUCAAACUAAGCUGUUUUCGAAGGAACUGCCAAUAGGACCUAAAAGUACAUUGGUCGUUACCUUUGUUCCCAAGAACUAAUUGUGAUGUCAAUUGUGUGGACCAUCGAUGCAUUUCUUUUCGCAUUUAAGUUAUUCUUAGCUUGGACUUUUUGUUGGCUGAAUGCAGCAAUUAAAUGGAGCAUUACAAAAGAA